UGAGGCCAGGGUUCGUGUUCGAUUCCUGCCUAAGUGUCUGUGUGCAUGGAGUUUGCAUGUUCUCCCCGUGCUUGGUUGGUUUCCUCGAGGAACUUCAAGUUUCACUCCUGAUCGGUGGAGAUGAAGAAAAGUUUUGGCACCGCUUUCAUCCUGCUAACCAUGUCGGUCCUGGGUGUUGUGCUGAAUGUUGCUGUUAAUGAAGAAGGCAAAGAAGGCAGUGCUGCAGUCAUCUAUUGUCCUUAUAAUGCAACAUACACAAAUUAUCCCAAAUAUUUCUGUAAGGGACCUAAGAAGGAAUGUAAGACUCUUAUGAAAACAGAUGAUCGGAGAAGUUGGGUGUUUAAAGGGAGACUGUCUCUGCAUGACAACACUGAGGAAAACAAGUUUGUGGUGUCUUUCAACAACCUGACCCAAGAGGACGAGGGGGAAUACGGCUGUGGAGUCAAUGUAUCAGGACCAGACCUCUUUAUUGUAGUCAAACUGACUGUGAUCAAGGAAAGACCGAUUCCAGCUGUGACAAGCAGGCCAGGAAGUGGAACAGACAGCACAGGAAAUUCUACUCAGCCCACGGUGUCUCGGUCACUUGAUGGUAGAGAGCAAAACAUAAAAGGAAAAAAUGUAUUUCUGUAUAUCGGAGGGGGUUUCUGUGCAAUGCUGCUGGUGGUAUCAGUUAUUUCCAUUGUCUUCAAAUGUAGAACUAAAGGAAUUGUGGCCAGUUCAAUAAAGGACAUAAAGAAUGCCCACAUAUAUGAAGAGAUACAGCUCAACCAUCCUGCAGAAAAGCAAGCCUCAGAUACCCCAGACAUAAUGCACAAUCCUAAUCCUGAUCCAGCAUUCCACACUAUAUACGCUACAGCAACCAAUCAGAACCAAGAAAUACACCUGAGUAACACUUUGCCAACAAGUCUUCUGCCAUGUAGUAAGAGAUUGAACAGUGAGCACACUGAGGACAUCCAAAAACCAAAAUACUGCCAUGUAGAAAUUGCAGACGCUGAAGAUUUCAAUUAUUCAAUUGGAUGCAAUGAAACAUAUUCGGCUGUUCAAGCAGUCUCUAAUAGUCCUGUCUACGAACUACUCAUUGCUCCUCAAACUGGCAGCACUUCUGGAUACUUAUACAGUAUGCUGUGCAACAAACUUCGGCACACAUAAAAAAACCAUGAACAUGAUCCAUUUUUAUUGUUGGCAGUGUAGGGAGAUGUGCAUGAUUCCUCCAUGACCAACUACUUGUACACCUUGUUCAGACUGCAGGCAAAUUUAAAUGUUUUACAACGCUGAUCUUUUGGACCAGCCGUCACACUGUUAUUUGAAAGUGAUCAGUUCAGAUUUGGCUUGGCCCAGACUGGCAGACAGAUAACAACAAGACAGCUAAGAAUGGAGAUACUAUUACAUCCCUCCAGGGUGCUACCAGAUAUUUCACUUUGUGCUCUGUCCAGGCACUUGGUCUCCAUUUCAUCUCUAGUUCUUCUAUCAUCCCCCUGCUGGUUUUUCCACCAAGGAUCCAUGUUCAUACCAUGUGAUCAUGUGGAUUUAAGUAAGAUAAUAGACAGUUUUAAAUCUGAUUUGAGUGGAUCAUCCAGACUGAGACACAUCUUUAAGAAGCUCAUUUGAAUCUGAUUUUACCACCUCUAUACGUUGGUUUAAAUACCGGCUUCUUUUUACUAAUCAGGCUACUGAUCACUUUACGGUUCAGAUUCCAAAUGAUUCCAAUCUGGAUAUGAUGCUAAUUGGAUUUAGGCUGGCAGUCUGACCAAGUUCUGGACAAUCUAUCUUUUAUAGACUUUCGCAUCAUGGAUAUUUUAAAAUGAAAUGAAGUACUCACCAUUGAUGGACAAAGGAUACAAAUCCUGUACCUGAGUGGAAGCAAGUAUCACUUACACUUUAUUUAGAAUGCAAAUUAAGUAACUUGAUGUUGAGUUUUUAGGGACCUAUCUAAGAGUAGACCAGAACAAGAGUUUAGGGGUUUAGAAGAGCAUGUUAAAGUUUAAAUUUAAAUGCAUCAAAGACAGCAUACAGUGUUUCCUUAAAGUAGAGGAUAAAUUAUUCAGCAAAGCGAUUGUAUGUACCCGAUCAUUUCAAAUGUUUUAUUUAUCAUUCUCUUCAUUUAGUUUAAAAUUAAUGUAAUGAAAGUAGAAUAGCUUGUAUUGCUCUCAUGUUUGCCUAAUUAUUGU